UUCAUCUUUCUCCACUGCACUAGAGUCUCUAUACCAUUUUCUUCAGCUUUCUAGUUUCUCCCCCUUUCUUUCCCUACCAUUUCUAGCCAAAUUCCCAUGAGUUCUUCAACAACAAUUAUCUCGGCUGAGAGGCCUAGAGAUCCUAUCGAAGGAUCCUCGCGAUCCACCGGUGAAAACCACCAGCAGCAGCCCCAGACCACGACCACCUUAAGUCGAUAUGAAUCUCAAAAACGUAGAGACUGGAACACUUUCGGCCAGUACCUAAAAAAUCAGAGGCCUCCAGUCUCUUUAUCUCAGUGCAACUGCAACCAUGUUCUUGAGUUUCUUCGAUACCUCGAUCAGUUCGGAAAAACUAAGGUUCAUUUACAUGGUUGUGUAUUCUUUGGACAGCCUGAUCCUCCUGCUCCUUGUACUUGUCCUCUCAGGCAAGCCUGGGGAAGCUUGGAUGCCCUGAUUGGAAGGCUUAGAGCUGCAUAUGAAGAAAACGGAGGAUCCCCCGAGACGAAUCCUUUUGGUAAUGGAGCUAUUCGGGUUUAUUUACGCGAGGUUAAGGAGUGCCAAGCUAAGGCGAGAGGGAUUCCUUACAAGAAGAAGAAGAAGAAGAAGAAUCCAAUCAAGCUGCAUGAGGAUCAUCAUCAACUCAAGCAUUUCAAGCAGUCCACUUGAGCUGCUUAAACGAAAGAACUGAAAAAAAAAUGGAGUUAGCAGCAGCCCAUCUGAGCUAGGAAGCAUCAAUGGAUUUUACUGCUUGAAAUUUGAUUCCUGUCUACAAGCUAGCCAUAAACUAGAGCCUAGUUCUUGUCAAUGUAUACAUGCUAUAGUUUAUAGUUCGAGUGAUAGUAUAUGUUAGUUGGACUAUAUCAGAAGCAUGAAAUUUGUCUUCGAGUGAAAGAGAAUGACUUCUCUCUUUCUGCACUGUAUAUUAAGUGAAGGUGCUGUGCUUUAAUUGCUGCAAAUGAACAAUCAUGCAUAUUCCAAA